GGGACGCACACACGUGAUGCGGCCGUUGCAACCUGGCUGCCCCAGGACUGCUGAGGAGGAGAGAGCCGUGUCUCGGCUGUUUGGGUGGUAACUUAUGGCUUCCCGCGAAGAAAAACAGUCUCAGCCCUUUGCAGACAUCUUCAAUGAGGAUGAAGCUGAAAAAUUCUUUCUGUUGUCCAAGCCCACGUGCAUAAUGGUCCUUGGAAAGCCUGGUUCUGGAAAGAAAACAUUAGCUAGAAAAAUAGCACAAAUAUGGAAAUGCAUUUUAAUAGAAGCUUCGGAAGUAAUUCAAAUGAAUAUUCAUGAAGAAACAGAAUACGGGCUUAAGUGUCAAGAACUGCUUUUCAAAGGUCAAAGUAUUUCUGAAGAACUUGUUACAGAAAUGAUUCUGGAAAAGAUUGAGUCACCAGAAGUUGCGCAUUUUGGUUAUGUUCUCAGUGGAUUUCCUUCUCUCUCGGAGGAAUAUAUGACUGUUUCACAGCAAAUGGAGAAAAUAAAAAAUCUGAAAUUAAAACCAGAUUUCCUGAUUAACAUUAAGUGUUCAGAUUAUGACUUAUGCCAAAGAAUAUCAGGACAAAGGCAACGCCCUGAUUCAGGGCAAGUAUAUCAGAGGAACCAGUGGGAUCCUGAUCUUAUAGAAAAACAAAAGAAAAAUAGUGAUCAGCUUGAAGACGAGAAUGAAGAAGUUGAAGCUGAAGAGAUGGAAGAAGAGAUUGCGCAAGAUUCACUUACAAUGUCAGAAAUGAUUCAUCAGUUAGUGCAAAGACCUGAAGAUAUGCUUGAAAAUAUACAGGAAAGAGUUGGCUUGUAUAAGGAUAUAAUGCUUCGUUCUUUAGAAGAUUUGAUGGCUGAACAGGAUUCCCAGUAUCUUAUUGAACUGGAUGGAAAUCAGGAACCAGAUGAACUUCUUGCUUCAGUGGUAAUUCGACUUCAGUCAAUGGGUGUUCGAAAUGGAGCUCCUAUAAUUAGGCUUCAGAGUCAGCAAGAAGAAAUGCUGGAGGGACUGGAAAAUGAUGAGCUUUUCCGUGUUCUGUCAUCAGUCAAGCUAAUAGCACCCAGAUACCGAUGGCGUAGAAGCAGGUGGGGACAAGUAUGUCCUGUGGCUCUAAAGAAGGGUGAUAUUUUAAUGGGAAUCCCAGACUUGGCUGUCAGUUUUCUAGGUAAAAUGUACACGCUGUCAUCCCCAGAGGCACUGAAAGCAUUUAUGUUGAAUCCACGCCCUUACUUGUUGCCACCAAUGCCAAUGCCUCCCUGUAAAGUUCUAGUAUUUGGCCCUCCAGUGUCAGGCAGAACAACUAUUUGUAACCUAAUUGCAAACAAAUACAAAGGAAAGGUUCUUGAUAUGGCUGAACUCAUUCAAUCUCAUGUGGAAGAAUUAAGAGAAAAAAACAUUGAGCAAAGGGAUGCAAUAGAAAAGACUAUAACAGCAAUGGAAAAUAGGUUGGAAUUUGAAAAGCAAUUGGAAGAACCAGGAGGCUUGGAAGAACUUAGUGUCAAAGAAGCAGAUAAUUCUGAAGAAACUGAGAAAAUGAGAAAAGAAAUAAACUUCGAAGAAGGGAGUAGUACAGAAGAAACUGCUGUCAUCCCAGAAGAAAUGUUGGAAUUAUCUGCUGACCACCCAGAAGUUCAAGCGAUGGUGGAAGAAGCUGUGGAAAGCGCAUCAGAAUCUGAAGUUACGCUGUCACCUGAAAUAUAUGCAGAAGUACUGGAGAGAGCAAUUGCAGAGCUUAUGAAGAAGAAUAAAGACAGGUUUCCUGGUGCUCCAGAAAAAGGAGGAUGGGUAGUGGAUAACUAUCCUUUGUCAGAAGAUCACUGGUCAGCUUUGUCAGAAAGAGGACUUCUGCCUGACACUGUUGUCUGCCUUAAGGAUACAGAAAAUGAUGGAGGCUGUAUAUUACACAGAACAUACUUAGCAAAUAAGGAUGAAAUUAAUUCUAAGAUUUUGAGAAGACUAGCAGACGAAGCAUUAAAAAAGGAAGAAGAAGAAGAAGAGGAAAGAAGAGAAAUGCAGGAAAUGCUGACACCAGAGGAGGAAGAGCAAUCGCAAGAAGAUGCUGAGAAGAAAGAAUCUGAGGAUGAUGAUAAGCAGCUUUCAUCUGAAACUGAACAAACGUCUCAGAAACAGUCCAGUGAUUCUGCAGAUUAUACAGAAGAAUCUGAAACUACAGAAAUCAUGCUGCCUGAGUUUGAAGAGAAUGAUUUGCUAGAUCUACCAGAAAUGCAAACAAUUAAAGAGAAGAUUGACCUCUUCAUGAAUGACUGGCAAACAAUGGAGUCAGAAAUCAAGCAGUCAUCUCUAGUUCAGGUUGUUGCUUUAGAGAUUGCUGAGCAAACUCCAGAAAGUCUGCUUAAUCAAAUUAUCCUGGUUAUGGAAGAGCCUUUUAAAUAUCACGGUUGGGAAUUAUCUAAUGAAGACUUAGAUGAGGAAGCAGAAGACCUAGCUGCUGAAGCAGAAGCUAUAGAAGAUAAUGAAGCUGAGGAAGAGGAAAAUGAAGAAGAUGAAGAAAAAGCUAAGGAAAGGAAAAGACACAUGGGAGACACGAAACACUUCUGUCCGGUCAGUCUGAAAGAGGACUACGUCCUUUAUCCAGGACUGCCCGAACAUGCAGCUAAAUAUCAAGAAAAGAUUUAUUAUUUUUCAAAUCUUGAGUACAGAGAUAAGUUUCUGAAGAACCCUGAGGAGUAUGUGGCUCACAAUGAACCGCUACAAGCUCCUCCCUUAAGGGUGUGUUUGCUGGGGACACGUGGAUCUGGUAAAACUGCUUGUGCACGAUGGCUAGCAGACAAAUUUGGCAUUUUCCAUAUUCAGUUUAAAGAAUAUCUGCAAGAACUGCUCUUACCCAAAACUAAAGAGAAAAUUGGGCUUGAUUUUGAUGAAGAACCUGAAGAAGCUGAUGAUGAAAUUCAAUUACAGGAACUGCAAGACUUAUCUCAGACCACAACUAAAACUGACGAUGAAGAAAGCAAACAGGAAGUGGAGUUAACUGAGGAGGAAGAAGCUAUCAAAGCAAAUCUAAUGGAUGCUCAGCCAUUACCUCCAGAAAUACUUGACAACAUUGUUCCUGUCUGGUGGAAGAAAGAACCAUUCCGGUCCACGGGAUUUAUACUGGAUGGUUUCCCUCGUACUUCAGACGAAGCCCAGUAUUUGUCAGAACGAGGGCUCUGUCCUGAUGCUGCCGUUUACAUUCACGUGGAAGAAAGUGAGAUUCUUGACCGUCUUUUACCUCCACGUCUAAAAAAAUGGAAAGAAAGACAGCAUAAAAAAGCAGAAAUUAAAAAGAAACUGAAAGAUCUGAAAGCAAAAAUAAAGAAUGAGAAGAUCGCUAGAAGAAGGGCAGAACUUCUAGCAGAACAAAAAAAAAGGAAGGAGAAGGUUUUAGAAGAUGGGGAAAAUUAUGAAACCAGUGAAGAGGAAGAUGAGACUGCAAAUGAAGACAUUGAAGCUAUACUUGAAGAGGAGUUCUUCGAAGAAGAAGAAGAAGAGCCUGAAGAAGAACAGGAGAUUGAUGCUGUUGAGCGCAUGCAAAAUGAGAUUGUAGAAAGGUUUGAUUCAGAAAGAGAAAGCAUUGAAGGUGUACAGGAAGAACUUCAAAAUUUCUUAAUACCACAAAUGGAGAUAAAUGGAAGACGGAAGCUUCGCAUCGUACGCUACCAAAUUUAUUGCAAGCUGAAUUCUUUAGUGGAAAAUCGUGGAAGCAUUUUUGAAAAAUGUUACCCAAUAAGUUUGCCACUUGCACAUAAGAUGCUAGUUUUCUCAUAUAAAUUUCCAAGCUCUUUCAGUCAGUGGGACCCAAUCAAGCUAAAGGAAGGAGAGAUAAUCAAGCCAGCACAAAACUAUGAAACCACACUCCUUCCUGUAAUUCAUCGACAAUAUGUUUAUUUUUUUUCAAGUAAAAAAAACAGAGAAACAUUUAUGAACAAUCCCAUCAAAUAUAUUUGUCAGCCAAAGCCUAAACCACCUGUGCCAGUUAAGAUUGCAAUCGUGGGACCUCCAAAAUCUGGGAAGACUACAGUUGCCAAGAAAUUUGAAAGCACGUACGGGCUGCGGAGGCUGAGUAUGGGAGAUGCCAUACGGCUCGUGUUGAACAAUCAGCCAGAGAGUGAGUUGGGGCUUCAGUUAAAGUGUCAUCUUCACAGAGGGCUGACCGUACCUGACGAACUGGCCAUCCAGGCCCUGGAUGUGGCUCUGAUGGAUCAUGUAUGUUCUACCACUGGAGUUGUUAUUGAUGGAUAUCCUGUAACAAGAAAACAAGUAAACCUCUUGGAAUCAGCUAGAAUAAUUCCUCUGAAAAUCUUCGAGUUAGAAAUGGAUGCAAAGGAAGUGUUCAGAAGAGCUCUGCUGGAUAAAGAAAGCACAAAUAGACCUUCCUACCCUGUACAUGACAGCACACAAAUUCUAGCAAUUAAAAAUUCCUACUAUAGGGAACAUAUUGACGCAAUUAGGACUUAUUAUAAGAAGGAGCGUCAGAACUGGUGUGUGAUUGAUGCCUUUCAGAGCAAGUGGUGGAUGUGGGACAAAGUUCUGCGGGAAGUUCAAGUGAUUGUUAAAGAAAUCCAGAUAUACCUGGAAAGAAUAAAAGAAGGAAAAGCAGCCAGCAUUGCUGAUUUAUGCAUCACCCCUGAAGAGCUGCAGUACCGGCUGGGAGAGUUUGGACAGUACUGUCCUGUCAGCCUUGCAGACAAGGGUGAACUGGUUGACUGCUCUGUAACAUCAUCACUACAGUUUGCUGCAGAGUUUCGAGCACACUAUUAUAAAAUGGCUUCACAGGAAGAACUGGAUAAAUUCUUGAACAGACCAGAGGUUUAUGUGCCACCACUGGCACCUCAUCCUCUUCCACCUCCGGAUAAGCUACCACAAAGAUUGACAGCAGCAGAAGUGAAGGCCUUAUUCCCUAUAAGUGCUGAAAUGCAAGGAUACUGUCCCGUCACUUACCUAGAUGGAAAACAGAGGUAUGAAGCUUUGGUGCCUGGCAACACUGAGUAUGCUGCAAAAUACCAAGAUAAGCUGUAUGUUUUUGAAAGUGAAGAAAAACUUCUGAAGUUUAUGAGGUUACCAGAGAAGUAUUGGAAUCUCAAGCUUCCACAUAAGCUCCCCCCAGUAAGGGAACCAAUAUUACUCACUGCGCUUCCCAUGGCUGGAUACCUUGAGCAGGGAGUAGCAACUUCUCUAAUAAAAGCUCUGAAUGAAGUAGGAUGCUUAAAGCCAAAGUUCCCCUUCCUAAGUGUAAGAAGAACUGCUCUCCUUUUUGUGGCCUGCCAUCUAAAAGCGUACAACGCCCGCAGCCCGGCGCACAGGAGGCAGGCGUACCGGAGGCGGCUGGCGCGGCUCACCGAGCACUGCGAGCUCAUCCCGUACCUGGGGAGGGCGAUGCCGCGCGAGUACACGGAGCCCCAGCACCGACCGCUCGGCUUUGACCUCAAGCUGCAGACCUUCCUGUCCCUGAAAGACGCCGGCCCCAGCUUUGUCUAGUUCGGACUGCUUUGGUUUUUUUCCGGGUAUUGACUUUAUUAACUCGCGGAGCGGGGCUGUAGGCCACCGGGACAACCGGUACGCUUACGGCACCGCUAAACUGAAACCUGAAAAUAAAACGUUUUCCCCUCCGA